AUGUCCAUGAUAUGGAACAUUGACGCUUUCCUAAGUUUCGCCGCUCACUAUCUGCAUCAUCUGCCCAUUCUCGACCUCACAGAGUCGAUUGACUCAAUAUGGAGUGACAAUCGGCUUCUAUUUUGGACAAUUGUCAUAACAUCAGCAAGCAAGCACCCCCGAUAUUCGAGCUACUUUGGACCCCUUCAGGUACCAGUCAAACACCUCCUCUCGGAAUAUUUAGUCAGUUCUAUCCGCUGUAUAUAUACAGUCCAGGCUCUGUUGAUUUUAUGUCUUUGGCCGUUCCCGGUCGCCAAGCAGCAGGAUGACCCAAGCUGGGAGUACAUUGGAUUGGCUAUUGCUGCCAAUUUGAAACUGACAUCCGUUGAUUCCCAAACAAACUGGCCCGGUUCAAAUCACUUGUUGAUCGUCGAGAGCGUGCGACAAAAGACCUGGCUGGGUUGUUUUGCAGUGAGCACCGAGUACGCUUCCCACACUCGAUUGCAUUUUGCCGAUCACAUGCUGAUCAUCCUUAGACUUUCUGCAGCUCUUGCUCUACAACCUCCGAUGGGAAUGGUUUCGCAGAGUAUGCCCAAAAUUAGGCAUGCAGUUCAAUCUAGCUUGCCCAACGAGUUCUUAACCCUUCUAGAUAUCCAGGAAUUUACGACCAGGGCAGCCACACUCCUUAACAAUCCGUCCGCAACCUCAGCCCAAAGAUCUUUAAUCGAGCUACUGGAAAGGGAUCUAGCUUCAAUAGAAGCUCGCAUGCCAGAUCAAAUCCACUCAAAGAUUAAGCUCGGAUGUCUCGCGGCUCGCCUUCGUUUAUAUUCUCUACCUCUACUAUCCCAAAUGUCAUUGGAUGGGCAAAACCGGAAGACCAGCAGCAUAUCAAAGGCCAUCUGGCAUAUGGGGUUCCACACGGCAAUCGAAAUCGCGAACAUUUUUGGCCACUCAUCGAAUGCAAGUGCAAAUAUGUCGGCAAGUUCUACAGAACCAAUCGACGUGUUCUUUCCAAAGUAUUACUUCCAAAUAUUGAUCAUGGCCGGCAUGUAUUUGAUUAACGUUCUGGCUAUUGAUAAAGAAAUGUCUGCGGAAGACAAAAGUUUAGCACGGAAUCACAUCAAGAAGGUCUACGAAACACUUGUGAGCUGGUCGCGGGAACCCAGAGAUGAAGCGGGACGCGUUGCGAGAGUGAUUGACCUGCUCUCUCGCCACGUUCAAGGAUCCGAUUUGUCGUCGGAGAUACAGCCAACCGCCAAUGCAACGCCUCCGACAAGCAUGAUCACCAGUGGAAUGUGGAUGGCGGGUCGGUUACGCAGCAAGCUUUUCUCUCCCUUCUCGCAAGCUACAGAAGCCUGGGCACCCGAGCUGUCGGAGUUUCCGACUGACCUUGAACCAAACUUGUUUGAGGAUGAUCUAAUAGAAUGGAAUACGUGGCUAGGAAAUCUGGAUAGCAUACUCGCAGACCCCGCAGCAAUGUCGGAUUUCGGAGCUGAUUAG